AUGAAGCAUGGAGGAGAGGUCUGCACCAGAAGUAUGCAUUUGGGAGUCCUCACUGUAAAUAUGGUAGUCAAAGCCAUGGGAAUGGAAGAGCAGUUGCCUAGCAACCUUAAAAAAUUUGUGGUCUUCCUGUGUGAGACUCGGGUAACUGUCAAGAUAGUAUAUGCUGAAGCCCUUUCUCGUCCCUUGAGUUGGAAUGAAGUUGUUGGAUGAAUUUUCCCUUUGACAAUAUUUGGUGCAGUAACAUACUUUACAACCAAAGGGAUGGUAGAUGCAGUUGAUCCAACCAGAAAGCAAAAGGUAGAAGCUCAGAAACAGGCGGAAAAGUUAAUGAAGCAAAUGGGUGUGAAAAAUGUGAAACUUUCAGGACAUGAAAUGAGUUUUGCUGCUCACCUUGUAGACCCGCUUAACAUGCAUGUUACGUGGAGUGGUAUAGCAGGGUUAGAUGAUGUUGUCAUGGAUCUGAAAGACCCUGUCAUCUUACCUAUCAAGAAGAAACACUUGUUUGAAAAUUCCAGGCUUCUGCAGCCCCCAAAAGGUAUUCUUCUCUGGCCUCCGGGCUGUGGUAAAACAUUGAUUGCCAAGGCUACAGCCAGAGAAGCAGGCUGUCUGUUUAUUUACCUUCAGCCUUCAACACUGACAGAUAAGUGGUAUGGAGAAUCUCAGAAAUUAGCUGCUGCUGUUUUUUCCCUUGCCAUAAAGCUACAGCCUUCCAUCAUCUUUAUAGAAGAAAUAGACUCCUGUCUACGAAACCGUUCAAGUUCUGACCAUGAAGCUACAGCCAUGAUGAAAGCUCAGUUUAUGAGUCUCUGGGAUGGGUUGGAUACUGAUCACAGCUGCCGGGCCAUAGUGAUGGGAACUACUCAUCGCCCUCAGGAUCUCGACUCAGCUCUAAUGAGAAGAAUGCCUACAAGAUUUCAUAUCAGUCAGCCUGCUCUGAAACAAAGAGAAGCAAUCCUGAAACUCAUCUCGAGGAAUGAAAAUGUGGGUAGGCAUGUGGACCUGCUAGAAGCUGCCCAGGAAACUGAUGGGUUUUCAGGAAGUGACCUAAAAGAGAUGUGUCCAGGUGCUGCCCUUCUCCAUGUCAGGGAAGAUGUUAAUUCAGAGGAAAGCCACGACGAGAAUGAAAUUCAGCCUGUGCAACAACAGGACCUGCAUCGGGCAAUUGAAAAGAUGAAGAAAUCAAAGGAUGCAGCAUUUCAGAAUGUUUUAACACGUUUGUUUAUGUUAAGAGUAAAGGUCAUUUGUACAGGUCAGCGUGACCUGGUUUGGUGGCCCUGUUAUCAUUAG